AUGGCUCCCAGCAAGAGAUCCAUCCUAAUUACAGGCUGCUCGCAAGGCGGAGCGGGAAAUGCGUUGGCAUUGGAGUUUGCGGCGCAAGGCCUACGGGUCUUCGCGACUGCUCGUUCCCUCAACUCGAUGAGUAAUCUGUCAGAGAAGGGAAUCGAGACUCUGGUCCUGGACGUCACUGUACCGGAGAGUAUUCUAGCCCUGAAAGAAGAGAUUGUCAAACGCACAGGCGGUACCCUCGACAUUCUAUACAACAACGCUGGGUCCAUGUACGAGGCUCCGGCCUUGGAAGCUGAUCGCAGUCAGGUCCGGAAAAUGUUCGAUGCCAACAUAUUCGGUCUAUUUGAUAUGGUGACGGCAUUCACGCCUCUGCUAAUCGCCGCAGCGCCCGAUUCUAAAACAGCUCCCACAAUCGUCAACGUUGCAUCAAUACUCGCCCGACUUCCAUUCCCAUUCGCGUCCGCAUACAACGCAAGCAAGGCCGCAGUAUCCGCUUACUCAGAUACCCUGCGAGUGGAACUCAGCCCCCUAGGCAUCCGAGUAGUCACUUUAUUCAUGGGUGAAGUUUCGACCAAACUUCGGUCUGCGAAUAAUAUCAGCUUCGGACCCGAGAGUCUCUACGCCGAUGUUGAGGUAAAGGUCAAGGAGAGGACGGAGCAGAGUGCCAAAGUCUCUAUGACACCAGAUGUCUUUGCCAAACAGGUUGUCCCCAAGGUCCUGGCUAACAAUAAUGCCAACUAUCUCUGGAAAGGCACAAAUGCUUUCAUUGUAUGGUUGCUCGCUGCCGUUGGUCCUCGGAAAGUCUUCGACUCGACUGUGAUGGGGCCUGUAGGGUUUGGUGAUAAGAACGUGAUCAAACGGAUAUAUGAUCGCGGACAGCGGCUUGUUGAGAAGUCAUGA